AUGCAGUUCAAGCAAACUGGAAAACGCAAAAGCCGUUCAAACAGUCAAGAACAAGUUCUACAACGAACACUUCUUGAGCGUCGUGGAACCGGAUUAGAAGAAGCAAGUGCCCCGGAUGACUCUGAAUCGCACCAAGCGAAGCGACGAUCAAGCGCUCGAGACAAUCUGGACGAAGAGCAAAAGGGCAGUGACGAAGAUAACGAGGAUGCUACACCUCAAGUCUUUUGGCGAGCGAGUACCAAUGCAGUCGAAGGUACUGACUUGUCUGAGCCGACAACGUUUGGAGAUGCUGUUGGUGGACCAGAUCAAGUGCAUUGGCGUAAGGCAAUCUGUGCCGAGUUGGACUCGAUGAAACUUCGUGGCGUGUUUCGAGCGACCAAACUUGUUGACGGUCAUCGGUUUCUACCAGUAUUGGUAACCGUGACCGGUCCAAUCCGAACCGCCUGUUCAGCUUAG